AUGGGACAAGCUGCUAGCAGACAAGAGAAAUUUUGGGAAGCCUGUGGAUAUGGCAGGGUUUCAGAGGUGAAGAAAUAUAUCAAGGAAGGAUCUAUUGAUAUCAAUUGGGUUUCCUAUACGCAUGAUUGUUGCCCUAUACACGUGGCAUCUCAAGGCAAGCAAGAAAUUGUGAAGAUGCUAAUUGAGGCUGGAUCUAAAGUAAACGUCAAAGACAAUCGAGGCAACCUUCCACUUCAUCAUGCUGCCAUGAAGGGUCACUCCUCUAUCAUCAAAAUUCUCAUUGAUGCUGGCUCUGAAAUCAACGUACAAGACAAGAAUGGAUGGAGUCCAUUGCAUUGUGCUGCCUAUUGGUGCCACCCAGAAGCUGUUGAUGUCCUCAUUGAACACGGAUGUGAUAUUUCUUUGCUCAACAAGGACCAGCGCAGUGCCUUGCAUGAAACUUGUCGAAGUCCUGAACAGAAUGAACAGAAACUGGGCCAGAUUGCUAAAAUCCUCAUAGACAAAGGCAGCGAUAUUAACAUCAAAAGUAGUGAUGAGGGGGAGGCUGAUUUCACUCCUCUCAUGUUUGCCGCCUACCACAGCCAUCCAGAUGUUGCCAAAGCUCUGCUUGAUGCCAAGUGUGAUAUUCAUGCUGUUGGAACAAAUGGAUGGACAGCCCUCCAUUGGGCCACAGACCGGGACCAUCAGGAGUUGGUGUAUUUGCUGCUUGAAGCAGGAGCAGACCCCACCAUCAAAGGGGAGAGAGGCGAAUUGGCCAGUGAACGGACUAAGGACAAAGAAUUGAAAAAUACUCUUCGCAAUGCUGAGAAAAUGUUCAAAGAGCUCAGCCUAUUAGAUGCUGCUGACCGUGCCCUGCAAACGAAAACUGCAAUCAGUUCUGGGGUCAUAUUAAGCAGUGAUAAAGUGUCACCCACAGAAUCCGAUAAAGGCUUCUCUUCACUGAGUUCCCCCAGCUCCAAGAGUGCUCCCCUUGUAGAAGAAGAGCUAACAGCUGAUCUGAGUGAUGAUGAAGAUGCCUCUGACCGGAUUAAGAACGAUGAUGACACAGUGAGUGAAGAUCCCUUAAAAGAAUGCAACAUUGAAGAGUAUCCACGUGAUGAUACUGAAAUUGAAUGCAAUCGGUUGGAUGAUUUUGAAAAGAACAAGAUUAACUGUUCCGGGAUGACUAACAGGAGAUUGUACGAUGAUGACGAUGACGAUCUUCUCCAAGAAGAAGAUUCCCUUUUGAGAGACGAAGAUGAUCUUUUGAGGGAUGAUGACGAUCGAGAUAUUGAACUAUACGAGCCAGAAACUGUUUAUUAA